GCGCCGGAGGGGCUGUCAUUCGCGGCGCGGGUCGCCGCCCUCAGCCGCGCCGGGGCGGUUCCGGCUCCUCCCGCCGCCUCAGUCCCACCAUGGUGCUGGAGUCGGUGGUCGCGGACUUGCUGAACCGCUUUCUGGGGGACUAUGUGGAGAACCUGGACAAGUCCCAGCUGAAGCUGGGCAUCUGGGGCGGUAAUGUGGCUUUAGAUAAUCUACAGAUAAAAGAAAAUGCCCUGUGCGAAUUGGAUGUUCCUUUUAAAGUCAAGGCUGGCCAAAUUGAUAAGUUAACUCUGAAGAUUCCUUGGAAAAACCUUUAUGGAGAAGCAGUUGUUGCGACCUUAGAGGGAUUAUACCUGCUUGUUGUCCCUGGAGCAAGUAUUAAAUAUGACGCUGAAAAAGAAGAAAAAUCCUUGCAGGAUAUUAAACAGAAAGAGCUAUCUCGAAUUGAAGAAGCCCUUCAAAAAGCAGCAGAAAAAGAUAAACCAAAAGAAGCCAAAAAGGAUACAUUUUUGGAAAAAUUGGCAACUCAAGUAAUAAAAAAUGUACAAGUAAAAAUCACAGAUAUUCACAUUAAAUAUGAAGAUGAUGUCACUGAUCCAAAGCGGCCACUAUCAUUUGGCAUCACACUGGGAGAACUUAGUCUAUUGACUGCCAACAAACACUGGACUCCAUGCAUAUUAAAUGAAGCAGAAAAAAUUAUAUACAAGCUUAUGCAGCUUGAUAGUCUUAGUGCCUACUGGAAUGUAAACUGCAGCAUGUCUUACCAGGGAUCAAGGGAACAGAUUUUGGAUCAGCUGAAAAAUGAAAUUCUUACAAGUAGAAAGAUACUCCCAAAUUAUCAAUGCAUUUUCCAGCCAGUAUCAGCCUCUGCAAAACUCUACAUGAAUCCUUAUGCAGAAACAGAGCUCAAAACACCCAAACUGGACUGGAACAUGGAAGUACAAAAUAUUGCCAUUGAACUGACCAAGCCUCAGUACUUAAGUAUGAUUGACCUUUUGGAGUCAGUGGAUUAUAUGAUUAGAAAUGCCCCUUACAGGAAAUAUAAGCCUUAUUUACCACUUCAUACCAAUUGUCGACAAUGGUGGAAAUAUGCAAUUGAUUCUGUUCUGGAAGUUCAUAUAAGAAGAUAUACACAGAUGUGGUCAUGGAGUAACAUAAAAAAGCAUAGGCAGUUACUCAAGAGUUAUAAAAUUGCCUACCAAAACAAGUUAACCCAGAAUAAAGUCUCAGAAGAAAUACAGAAACAAAUUCAGGACUUGGAGAAGACUCUAGAUGUUUUUAACAUAAUUUUAGCACGGCAGCAAGCACAAGUUGAGGUGAUUCGGUCUGGGCAGAAAUUAAGGAAAAAGUCUGCUGACAAAGGCGAGAAACGUGGAGGCUGGUUUAGUGGGUUUUGGGGUAAAAAGGAAUCUAAGAAAAAAGAUGAAGAAUUGUUGAUUCCUGAAACUAUUGAUGACCUUAUGACUGCAGAGGAAAAAGAUAAGCUCUUUACUGCUAUUGGUUAUAGUGAGAGUACCCACAACCUAACUUUACCCAAGCAGUAUGUUGCCCAUAUAAUGACCCUGAAGUUAGUAAGCACCUCUAUUACAAUCAGAGAAGACAGAAAUAUUCCAGAAAUACUAAAAAUUCAGAUAAUUGGCCUGGGCACUCAAGUAUCUCAGCGACCAGGAGCACAAGCACUUAAGGUGGAAGCAAAAUUAGAACACUGGUAUAUAACAGGUCUGAGACAGCAAGAUACUGUACCAUCACUUGUGGCUUCAAUUGGUGAUACUGCAUCAUCGUUGCUUAAAAUAGAGUUUGAAACCAAUCCAGAGAAUAGUCCUGCUGACCAGACUCUGAUUUUUGAGUCUCAGCCUGUGGAGGUCAUCUAUGAUGCUAAAACCAUCAAUGCAGUGGUUGAUUUCUUUCAAUCAAAUAAGGGAUUGGAUCUUGAGCAAAUAACAUCAGCUACAUUGAUGAAGCUGGAAGAAAUUAAAGAGAGAACAGCUACAGGACUUACGCAUAUUAUUGAAACUCGAAAAGUUCUUGAUUUAAGGAUAAACCUGAAGCCUUCUUAUCUAGUAGUUCCACAGACAGGUUUCUACCACGAAAAGUCAAACCUUCUGAUUUUAGAUUUUGGUACAUUUCGGCUCAACAGUAAAGAUCAGGGCUUACAGAAGACUACUAAUUCAUCUCUGGAAGAAAUAAUGGAUAAGGCAUAUGACAAGUUUGAUAUUGAAAUAAAAAGUGUGCAACUACUCUUUGCAAGAGCAGAGGAAAACUGGAAAAAGUGUCGAUUUCAGCAUCCAUCAACUAUGCAUAUAUUGCAACCAAUGGAUAUUCAUGUUGAGUUGGCCAAGGCAAUGGUAGAAAAAGACAUUAGAAUGGCCAGAUUUAAAGCAACAGGAGGACUGCCUUUGAUGCAUGUGAGAAUUUCUGACCAGAAGAUGAAAGAUGUGUUAUGUUUGAUUAAUAGUAUACCCUUGCCACAAAAAUCAUUGGCACAGUCUCCAGAGAGACAGGUAUCAUCAACUCCCAUUAUUUCAGGUGGGACAAAAGGUCUACUUAGUACUUCCCUAUUGCUAGAUGGAGUGGAAUCAGAGUCUGAUGAUGAGUAUUUCGAUGCUGAAGAUGGAGACUCACAGACUGGUAAAAGUAUGAAAGGAUCAGAAGUAAAAAAAGUUGCAGAGGUCCCAAAUGAAGAGCUCAUUAAUCUUCUACUCAAGUUUGAAAUUAAAGAGGUGAUUUUGGAAUUUACUAAACAACAGAAAGAAGAAGUUACAAUUCUAGUAUUUAAUGUUACUCAGUUAGGAACAGAGGCUACAAUGAGAACAUUCGACUUAACUGCAGUGUCUUAUUUAAAGAAAAUCAGCUUGGAUUACCAUGAAAUUCAAGGUUCCAAAAAGAAACCCCUUCACUUGAUUAGCUCUUCUGAUAAACCUGGAUUAGAUCUUUUAAAAGUGGAGUAUAUUAAGGCUGAUAAGAAUGGACCUAGUUUUCAAACUACUUUUGGAAAAACUGAACAAACAGUUAAGGUGGCCUUUUCAUCUUUAAAUCUAUUACUACAAACACAAGCUCUUCUCUCUUCUAUUAAUUACCUGACAACCAUUAUUCCGUCGGAUAAUCAAGACAUAGGUGUUGCCAAGGAGGUACAAAUUCCAGCUGAAAAACAACAAAAAAAUUCAACUCUACAGAAAGUGAUUGUAUCCUCUAAAGAUAGUGACAUUAUUGGCUUCAGCCUAUUUGCCAAGUUGAAUGCUUUCUGUGUCAUUGUUUGUGAUGAAAAGAGCAAUAUUGCCGAAAUCAAGAUUCAAGGCCUUGAUUCCUCCCUUUCUCUUCAGUCAAGAAAACAGUCACUUUUUGCCAGAUUGGAAAAUAUUAUUGUCACAGAUGUUGAUCCUAAGACAGUUCAUAAAAAAGCUGUGUCAAUAAUGGGAAAUGAAGUUUUUCGUUUUAACUUGGAUUUGUAUCCAGAUGCUACUGAGGGCGAUUCGUAUACUGACAUGUCCAAAGUGGAUGGUGCACUAUCGCUGAAUGUUGGUUGUAUUCAGAUUGUGUACCUUCAUAAAUUCCUUAUGUCACUUCUGAACUUCCUGAACAAUUUCCAGACAGCCAAAGAGUCUCUGAGUGCUGCCACUGCCCAGGCUGCAGAAAAGGCUGCCACAAGUGUGAAAGAUCUUGCCCAGAGGAGUUUUCGUGUUUCCCUCAAUAUUGAUUUGAAAGCACCAGUUAUAAUCAUCCCACAGUCUUCCAUUUCCACCAAUGCAGUAGUGGUAGAUCUUGGGUUAAUCAGAGUGCACAAUCAGUUCAGUCUGGUGUCUGGUGAACACUACGUAAAUCCUCCAGUAAUUGAUAAAAUGGAUGUUCAGCUAACAAAGCUCACACUUUCUAGGACAGUGAUCCAACCAGGCAUCUCCCAUCCUGAUAUUCAGAUGUUGCACCCAAUUAACUUGGAGUUUUUUGUAAAUCGGAAUCUAGCUGCAUCUUGGUACCACAAGGUGCCUAUUAUUGAAAUUAAAGGACAUCUUGAUUCAAUGAAUGUUACUCUAAACCAAGAAGAUCUUAAUCUUUUACUUAGGAUACUAGCAGAAAAUCUUGGUGAGGCUGUUGAAGACGUGGAUAAAGUGAAACCAAGGGUACAAGAGACAGGUGAAAUUAAAGAGCCCCUUGAAAUCUCUAUUUCACAACAAGAUGUACAUACUUCAAAGGAUACUUUAACAACUGGAGUGGAAGAAAUUAGAUCUGUAGACAUCAUUAAUAUGCUGCUGAAUUUUGAAAUUAAAGAGGUUGUGGUUACUUUGAUGAAAAAAGCAGAAAAGAAAGGAAGGCCUUUACAGGAAUUAAAUAUCUUGCACCUUGGAAUGGAAGCUAGAGUCAAAACCUAUGACAUGACUGCUGAAGCUUAUCUUAAAAAAAUUAGUAUGCGAUGCUUUGAUUUCACUGACUCUAAAGGAGAACCUCUUCACAUUAUUAACUCUGCUAAUGUGACUGAUGAACCUCUUCUGAAAAUGUUAUUGACAAAGGCAGACAGUGAUGGACCAGAGUUUAAAACUAUUCAUGAUAAUACCAAACAGAGAUUGAAGGUUUCAUUUUCAUCUUUAGACUUAGUACUUCAUUUGGAAGCUUUACUUUCCUUCAUGGAUUUUUUAUCAUCUGCUAUUCCAUCUUCUGGACCAUCCUCUUCUGAGAAGGAGUCUGAGCUGAAACCAUUCAUGAGGGAGUCUAGAAGUAUCACUGGCAAAGCUGUAUCUAGCAACACCUCUCAAAAGGAUGUGUUUGAUUUAAAGAUCACAGCCGAAUUAAAUGCAUUUAAUAUCUUUUUCUGUGAUCAGAAAUGUAACAUUGCAGAUAUUAAAAUACAUGGAUUGGAUGCCUCUAUUUCUGUGAAGCCGAAGCAGACAGAUGUGUUUGCCAGACUUAAGGAUAUCAUAGUUACAAAUGUAGAUUUGCUGUCCAUUCACAAAAAGGCUGUCUCUAUUUUGGGAGAUGAAGUCUUUAGGUUCCAACUGACUCUUUACCCUGACGCCACAGAAGGAGCGGCCUAUGCUGAUAUGUCUAAAGUGGAUGGCAAACUUAGUUUCAAAGUGGGCUGUAUUCAGAUUGUUUAUGUUCAUAAGUUCUUCAUGUCUCUAUUGAACUUCCUCAACAAUUUCCAAACUACUAAAGAGGCUUUGAGCGCAGCCACAGUCCAGGCUGCAGAAAGAGCUGCUUCCAGCAUGAAAGAUUUGGCUCAAAAAAGUUUCCGCCUUUUGAUGGAUAUCAAUUUGAAAGCACCAGUUAUUGUUAUUCCUCAGUCUUCGGUAUCACCUAAUGCUGUUAUAGCAGAUUUGGGUUUAAUCAGAGUUGAAAAUAAAUUUAGCUUGGUUUCUAUGGAACAUUUUUCUCUUCCCCCAGUCAUUGAUAAAAUGAACAUUCAGCUAACUCAGUUGAAGCUGUCCAGAACUAUUUUGCAAGCUGGUUCUCCACAACAUGACAUUGAAAUUUUAAAACCAGUCAACAUGCUUUUGUCCAUACAGAGAAAUUUAUCAUCAACAUGGUAUGUGCAAAUUCCUGGGAUGGAGAUAAAAGGAAAACUAAAACCUAUGCAGGUUGCUCUCAGUCAAGAUGACUUGACAACUUUAAUGAAAAUUUUGCUAGAAAAUCUUGGAGAAGCUUCUUCACAGCCAAGCCCUACACAGCCGGUGCAGGAAGCUAUGAGAGUGAGAAAAGUAGAUGUCCCAAGUGGACUUGACCACCUUAAAGAACAGGAAGAUAUGACAGACUCAAAGCCUUCUGUGGACCAGAAUGUCACUCUCCAAUUUGACUUUCACUUUGAAUCACUUUCCAUUAUUCUUUAUAACAAUGAUGUCAACCAGGAGUCCAAACUUUCAUUACACAAUGACACUUUCCGGCUUGGUGAACUCAGACUACAUUUUAUGGCCUCCGCAGGGAAAAUGUUUAAGGAUGGCUCAAUGAAUGUCAGCGUUAAACUUAAGACAUGCACCCUUGAUGAUCUCAGAGAAGGCAUUGAGAGAGCAACAUCGAGAAUGAUUGACAAAAAGAAUGACCAAGAUAACAACAGUUCUAUGAUUGAUAUAAGUUACAAACAAGACAAAAAUGGAAGUCACAUUGAUGCUGUUCUUUACAAGCUGUAUGUAUGUGCCAGUGUGGAAUUUCUGAUGAUUGUGGCAGAUUUCUUUAUCAAAGCUGUGCCUCAGAGUCCAGAAAAUAUGGCAAAAGAAACACAGAUUCCAAGACAGACUGUCACAGGGAAAGUUAAGACAGAGAAAGAUGACUCUGUAAGACCAAACAUGACUUUAAAGGCCACAAUUACAGACCCAGAAGUGGUAUUUGUUGCCAACCUGACCAAGGCUGAUGCUCCUGCCCUGACAGCCUCAUUCCAGUGUAACCUCUCUCUAUCAACAUCCAAACUCGAGCAGAUGAUGGAAGCUUCUGUGAGAGAUCUGAAAGUGCUUGCUUGCCCUUUUCUCAGAGAAAAGAGAGGGAAAAACAUUACCACAGUCUUGCAGCCCUGCUCUUUAUUUAUGGAAAAAUGUGCAUGGGCCUCAGGAAAACAAAAUAUAAAUAUUAUGGUUAAAGAAUUUAUAAUUAAGAUUUCACCCAUAAUUCUUAAUACUGUGAUGACAAUCAUGGCUGCUAUGUCGCCAAAGACAAAAGAAGAUGAAUCUAAAGAUACGUCUAAGGAAAUGGAAAAUCUUUGGGGUGUCAAGUCUAUUAAUGAUUAUAACUCUUGGUUUCUUGGUGUUGACACGGCAACAGAAAUAACAGAAAAUUUCCAAGAUGUCCAGCGUCCAUUGAUAGAGGAAAAUUGUGCUGUUGUUGUGGAGUCAAUUCAAGUUACCUUAGAAUGUGGCCUUGGGCAUCGAACUGUCCCCUUAUUAUUGGCAGAAUCUAGGUUUUCAGGAAAUAUUAAAAAUUGGACUUCCCUACUGGUUGCUGCUGCUGAUAUGACACUAGAGGUUCACUAUUACAAUGAGAUCCAUGCUGUCUGGGAGCCACUGAUUGAGAGAGUAGAGGGGAAGAGACAAUGGAAUUUAAGGCUUGAUGUAAAGAAGAACCCAGUCCAGGAUAAAAGUUUGAUGCCAGGAGAUGAUUUUAUUCCUGAGCCACAAAUGGCAAUUGGUAUUUCUUCAAGAGAUACAAUGAAUAUAACAAUAUCCAAAAGUUGUCUUAAUGUUUUCAACAAUUUAGCAAAAGGUUUUUCAGAGGGCACUGCCUCUACUUUUGACUACUCUUUAAAAGACAAGCCUCCUUUUACAGUAAAAAAUGCCAUGGGUGUUCCCAUUAAGGUUCAGCCCAAUUGUAAUCUCAGAGUAAUAGGCUCUCCUGAGAAAACUGAUAUUUUUGAUGUUGAUGCUGGCCAGAAUUUGGAAUUGGAAUGUUCCAGCAUGGAACUUUCACAUCAAGGGAAACUGUCUAUAUUGAGCCGUCAGGAAAGCUCCUUCUUCACUCUGACCUUUGUACCUCAUGGAUAUACAGAAGUUGGGAAUAUCCCUGUUGCCAGACCUGGACGCCGAUUGUAUAACGUACGGAAUCCCAAUGCCAGUCAUUCUGACUCCGUCGUGGUACAGAUUGAUGCAACUGAAGGGAAUAAAGUAAUCACCCUUCGCUCCCCUCUCCAGAUUAAAAACCAUUUCUCUAUUGCAUUUAUCAUCUAUAAAUUUGUUAAGAAUGUUAAGCUGUUGGAGCGCAUUGGAAUAGCCAGACCUGAAGAAGAGUUCCACGUUCCUUUAGAUUCAUAUAGAUGUCAAUUGUUUAUUCAGCCAGCUGGACUCUUACAGCAUCAGUACAAAGAAUCUACCACUUACAUUUCCUGGAAGGAAGAACUUCACAGGAGCAGGGAAGUCAGAUGCAUGUUGCAGUGUCCAUCAGUAGAAGUCAGCUUCUUACCGCUCAUAGUGAAUACAGUUGCUCUGCCUGAUGAACUGAGCUUUAUAUGUACACAUGGGGAAGACUGGGAUCCAGCUUACAUUAUUCAUCUUUAUCCUCCUCUCACUUUGCGGAAUCUUCUCCCGUAUUCUCUAAGAUAUUUACUUGAGGGAACAGCAGAAACUCAUGAGCUAGCAGAAGGCAGUACUGCCGAUGUUCUACAUUCGAGAAUCGCCGGAGAAAUAAUGGAAUUAGUCCUGGUGAAAUACCAGGGCAAAAACUGGAAUGGACAUUUCCGCAUAAGUGAUACACUUCCCGAAUUCUUUCUUGUGUGUUUUUCUUCUGACUCCACAGAAGUGAUGACAGUUGACCUGUCGGUACAUGUCAGGCGAAUUGGCAGCCGGAUGGUGCUGUCUGUCUUUAGUCCCUAUUGGUUAAUCAACAAGACUUCUCGGGUUCUCCAGUAUCGUUCAGAAGAUAUUCAUGUGAAACAUCCAGCUGAUUUCAGGGAUAUUAUUUUGUUCUCUUUCAAGAAGAAGAACAUUUUUAGUAAAAAUAAGGUACAAUUAAAAAUUUCAACUAGUGCCUGGUCCAGCAGUUUCUCGUUGGAUACAGUGGGAAGUUAUGGGUGUGUGAAGUGUCCUGCCAACAAUAUGGAAUACCUGGUUGGUGUUAGCAUCAAGAUGAGCAGUUUUAAUCUUUCACGAAUAGUUACUCUGACUCCCUUCUGUACCAUUGCAAACAAGUCGUCAUUAGAACUAGAAGUUGGUGAAAUUGCGUCUGAUGGCUCAGUGCCGACUGUUAAAUGGAACUAUAUUGCUUCAUCAGAGUGCCUUCCAUUUUGGCCUGAAAAUUUGUCAGGCAAACUUUGUGUGAGAGUGGUGGGCUGUGAAGGAUCUUCCAAACCAUUCUUUUAUAACCGCCAGGAUAAUGGCACUUUAUUGAGCAUAGAAGAUUUGAAUUGUGGUAUCUUGGUGGAUGUAAACACUGCCGAACAUUCAACUGUUAUAACUUUUUCUGAUUACCACGAAGGAUCUGCACCUGCUCUGAUAAUAAACCAUACACCUUGGGACAUCCUCACAUACAAACAGAGUGGGUCACUGGAACAAGUGGAAUUGCCACCAAGACAAGCUCGACUUUUUGCCUGGGCAGAUCCUACUGGUACCAGAAAACUUACCUGGAGAUAUGCAGCAAAUACUGGGGAACACAAUCUUUUGAAGGAUGGAUGUGGACAGUUUCCCUAUGAUGCAAACAUUCAGAUACACUGGGUAUCGUUUCUGGAUGGGCGCCAGAGAGUUUUGCUUUUCACCGAUGAUGUUGCCUUGGUUUCCAAAGCUCUGCAGGCAGAAGAAAUGGAACAGGCCGAUCAUGAAAUAACCUUGUCUCUCCACAGUCUUGGGCUUUCACUGGUUAACAAUGAAAUCAAACAGGAAGUUUCAUAUGUUGGGAUAACCAGUUCUGGUGUUGUUUGGGAGAUGAAACCAAAACAGAAAUGGAAGCCUUUUAGUCAAAAGCAGAUAAUCUUAUUGGAACAAUCCUAUCAGAAACAUCAAGUAUCAAGAGACCAUGGCUGGAUUAAGCUAGACAGUAAUUUUGAGGUCAAUUUUGAUAAAGUUCCAAUGGAAAUGCGCCUCCCUGUUCGGUGCCCUAUAAAACGAGACUUUUUAUCCGGGAUUCAGAUUGAAUUUAAGCAGUCUCGUCACCAGAGAAGUUUAAGGGCCAGGUUGUACUGGCUUCAGAUUGAUAAUCAAUUACCAGGUGCGAUGUUCCCUGUUGUAUUUCAUCCCGUUUCCCCUCCAAAAUCUAUUGCUUUAGAUUCAGAGCCCAAACCUUUUAUAGAUGUGAGUGUCAUCACAAGAUUUAAUGAGUACAGUAAAGUCUUACAGUUCAAGUAUUUUAUGGUCCUCAUUCAGGAAAUGGCCUUAAAAGUUGAUCAGGGGUUUCUAGGAGCCAUUGCAGUACUGUUUACCCCAACAACUGACCCUGAAGCUGAAAGAAGACGGACAAAGUUAAUACAGAAAGAUAUUGAUGCUUUAAACACAGAAUUAAUGGAGACUUCAAUGACUGAUAUGUCAAUUCUCAGUUUCUUCGAACAUUUCCAUAUUUCUCCUGUUAAGUUGCAUUUGAGUCUUUCUUUGGGUUCUGGAGGUGAAGAAUCAGGCAAAGAAAAAGAGGAAAUGAUUGCAAUUCAUUCUGCCAACCUGCUGUUGAAAAGCAUAGGUGCUACUCUGACUGACGUGGAUGACCUUAUAUUCAAACUUGCCUAUUAUGAAAUUCGAUAUCAAUUUUACAAGAGAGAUCAGCUCAUGUGGAGUGUUGUUAGGCAUUACAGUGAACAGUUCUUAAAACAGAUGUAUGUCCUUGUUUUGGGGUUAGAUGUGCUUGGAAACCCAUUUGGAUUAAUUAGAGGUCUGUCUGAAGGAGUUGAAGCUUUAUUUUAUGAACCCUUCCAGGGUGCUGUUCAAGGCCCUGAAGAAUUUGCUGAGGGUUUAGUGAUUGGAGUAAGAAGUCUCUUUGGACACACAGUAGGUGGUGCAGCAGGAGUUGUAUCUCGAAUCACUGGUUCUGUUGGGAAAGGUUUGGCAGCAAUUACAAUGGACAAGGAAUAUCAGCAAAAAAGAAGAGAAGAGUUGAGUCGACAGCCCAGAGAUUUUGGAGACAGCCUUGCCAGAGGGGGAAAGGGCUUCCUGCAAGGAGUUGUUGGUGGAGUGACCGGAAUAAUAACAAAACCUGUGGAAGGUGCCAAAAAGGAAGGAGCUGCUGGAUUCUUUAAAGGAAUUGGAAAAGGGCUUGUGGGUGCUGUGGCUCGUCCAACUGGUGGAAUCAUAGAUAUGGCCAGCAGUACCUUCCAAGGCAUUCAGAGGGCAGCAGAAUCAACUGAAGAAGUGUCUAGCCUACGUCCCCCUCGCCUGAUCCAUGAAGAUGGCAUUAUUCGUCCAUAUGACAGACAGGAAUCUGAGGGCUGUGACAUUUUUGAGAAGCAUAUCAAAAAGUUGGAAGGCGAGACUUAUCAAUACCACUGUGCUAUUCCUGGAAGCAAGAGGACAAUCCUUAUGGUUACUAAUAGGCGAGUGCUAUAUGUAAAGGAAGUUGAAAUCCUAGGCCAUAUGUCCAUAGACUGGCAGUGUCCGUUUGAAGAUUUUGUAUGUCCUCCUAGUGUCAAUGAAAAUAUGCUGAAAAUUUCGGUUAAGGAGCAGAGUCUGUUCCAGAAGAAAGACAGUGCCAAUAAAGGCUGUCUUCGGAAAAUUUACCUAAAGGAUACCACCACAGCAGAGAGAGCAUAUCAUGCCAUUGAGGAUGCACAGUCAACGAGACACCAGCAAAAAUUGACGAAGCAGUCAUCACUGAGACUUCUCAGGCCCCAAAUACCAUCUUAAUCACAGAUCUCAGGGGGAGAAAAACCAACCAUCAGUCUUGUCUGUAAAUCACUCUGCUUUAUAUUGCUAAAGAGAAUUUUUCAAGAACGCAUUUAGUUUUAUUUUUCUCGAAUAGCUAGUAUUGGGUUUUCUACUUUUUUCCCCCUUUAGGUUUUACUGUAAUUUUGUAACCAUGUGUAUGUUAGCAAUCCACUUCUACGCUGCCACCUCUAUGGAUCAGACCAUUGAAGGAACAUCACUUCAGACUCAGAGUGAAAUUUUCAUUAAUAUUAAAAUUGUGAAGCAGAGAGCAAUAGGCUUAUUUUUAAUUAAAAUCCUUAGUGAAGAAUAAGAAAGGAUCUUAGAAUGACUAGUGUUAUUUGAAAGGUUUUACCCACAGUCAAAUGUUGGACACUUUGACAUUUUGUUUAAGGGUGAUUUGAUUUGUUUAAUAAUUGAACUGAGAUAACAUUUUUGGUAAACAGGGUCAUUGACUGAAGAAAAGCCACCAAAGGGAGAAAUGGCAUGUUUUCUUUUUUUUUUCAUGAAAACAUUGUUUUUCUCCUAAGAAAACAGGUUUUACUUUGGUGCUUAUUUUUCCUCCUUGCACUAUAAUAAAAGAAAUAUGGACAAUCAAACCUCAAAAUAGAGUAUAGAUAUACUCUAUUUUUUGUAAUGGAGUAUUCACAAAAAUUUGGAAGUUAUUUACAUGCUCUUUCAAGAUGAACUUAUAUGGCACAAUUAUAAUUUGCUAAUAUAUGAAUAUAUCACAUUUUAAGUUUUUCAAGGCUCACAGAUAUGUAAAAUUCAGUAUUUUUAUAUUUCCAUAAUUGUUUCUUAGAAGUUGAAAGACUUUAAGGGCAUCAUAAAUUAACUUUUAAUUGUAAUGCAUACCUAGAAAUGUAUUUUAAAUACUUAUUAGGAAGAGUGAAGAAUCUCUAGUUGCUUUAUAUAUAAAUAAAAUAAGACUGAAAAAUAAGUAUUAGAUAUGUUCUUUGAAGGAGCAGACCCAUGAGAGUCAAUUCACUGCAGUACUUUUUGUCCUUUUUGCAACUCACUUACACUGAUCAGAGAUGCACUGCUCAUUAAAACUUUAAAAAAUAAUCAAAAAUAUUUAAUUUUUUGGAUGAAUCUUUAUAUUUGCUCAUGGUGUUUAACAUGGCAUUUAUUUCAAAUUGCUGAAUUAAUGAUUAGAUGAAGAUGUGGACACACUUGGUUGGCUCUAUUUGUAUUUAUGUGUGGUAGUGGUUCUGUCAUCAUUAUUCAUGUUUUUAAAGACCUGGCCAUAAAAACUUUAAAGAUUUCCUAGUGCUAUUUAAUGUAUAAUCUAAAAAGAGAAUGUAAUAACUAAUGCCCUAAAUGUUCGAUCUCUGGUAGUCAGUGCCUUUUUAAGGUCAUUCUUUUUUGUCUGUGAAGAAAAGUAUCAUAUAUAAAACUUCUAGCUUUAAACCAAAUUUUUAUAUUAGUGGUUAAUUGGAAUUUAUUAAAAAGAUCAUUAUAAACAAUUUCAUAACAAGUGUUGUAGUAUUUUGUGUCUUUAAAACUGACUUAAUCAGGAAUUUGGGAUAUCUAAUUAUAUUUUUCGUAGGAAUCAUAGCUAUUGAAAACAUCCUAAAUAUUUAAGAAAUUAUAUUACACUGAUAGUUUAUUCUAAAAAUGCAUGAACAAAAUAUUGAACUAAGAAAAAGUAUAGAAAUUGAUAAACUCAUCAUCUCAGUUGGUUUAAAAGUAAACAUUCAUGUAUUUGUAACGUUUUUUAUUUGAUUUAAUCUCCUGGGACAGAAGUAAUUCAUUGGUAAAGUGUAAUAAUGUCUGUUGUGCAUUUUUUAAAUGCUUUGAGAGUCAAUUAUUUGCAUAUGAAUUACUGAGAAAUAUAAAACAUUUGGUACAUUG